AUGUUUGGUUUCUUUUUCUGCCUCAAUACGCCGGGACGCAGAGAAAGCCAGGGUUCGAGACAUAUCAGCGUCGACGAUGCUGCGCGCUUCCGGAAUGACUGCGUCAAGAGGAACGUGCUGCAGGGUCGAAAAUCACGCCUUCCAAAGCAGGUAUGGACUAAGAAAUCCUGGAUUUAUAUAUUGAAGCGCACCAGAAAAACCGCGAGACAAUAUUCCCCGGAAGCCGCGCAUGGGAUCAAAAUUUUGGAGGUCAACUUUUGCCGGCGGCCGAACCACCGGAAGUUCAACCAAAACUUCAGGGUGGAUCAAUUCUAA